GCUAAACCACGCCUUUCCAGUUACUCACGCAUCAACAUGGCGACGUGCGGGAAGAUGGGGCGAAGCAGGAGAGAUAUGUGUGCUCUUUUUCUGGUUCUUUUCCUCCAGCUGUUAGUCAGCGGCUGCCUGUCAGCUCCGGUAAACACGACCCCACCACCACCACCACCAGGGCCAGACAAAAAUCAAGGGGCAAACCUGUCACCGACUCCUUCCUUCAGCGCUUUGAACAAGAAAGCAGGUGACCCAGAGCUGAAGGCCCCUGAUCAGAGUGAUCCUGGUCAAGUCACUGUACCAGAUCCCAAGAACCCUGUAACACCUGCUGGUAAUCACUCAACAACAACAACAACAACAACAACAGAAGCAGCAGAAGCUCUUAAAGACAACCUCACAACAACCGUUCAACCAAAAACAUCUAAGAAGAAGGAAACGAAUCCAGUUACUGUCAUUGAUGACUCUGAACUCCAUCCGUCAGUCAACAAUGGAGGCAAACAACCACAACCUGAUGAAGGAAAAGAUGAAGAUGUAGUUGAGGCAGGAGAACCUGUUUCUUCUAAACCUACUUUAGUCUCUACUCCAGAAGCUUCUUCCACCUCUGUCAAAGCCCCUGAACCAGCUAAACCUGUAACAGAAGGGCCAGAAGUACCUGCCUUGGACUCCAAACCCUCCAAUGCCCUGAACCUUUCCACAGAACAGGACACUGACUCAGACCUGCUGGAGACCACUGACAAAGGACCAGUAACUCACACCGAUCUGGAUGAUUACUCGGAUGACGAUGACGACGACGACGACAACAAAGGUAACUACGGAUACAGCGACGGCAAUGACGGCAUGGAAACUGCGUAUGAAAACAAUGACGACGGCAAAGACCAGACCGUGCACAGGCUGCAGCCGGCAGACGGGAUGGAGGUGACCCGUUACAAGGGAGCAGACGGUUACAACACAGAGGAUGAAGACUCCCACUUCUUCUUUCAUCUGGUCAUCCUGGCUUUCCUGGUCGCAAUCGUUUACAUCACUUACCACAACAAGAGGAAGAUCUUCCUCUUGGCUCAGAGCCGGCGCUGGAAGGACGGCCUGUGUUCCCGCAACACCGUGGAAUAUCACCGCCUGGACCAAAACGUCAACGAGGCCAUGCCGUCCCUCAAGAUGACCCGAGACUACAUCUUUUGAUCCACGUUCCGAAGAACAAUAUGUCCAGACCUGCACGGAGCCAGUUGGCCUUCCAGCCUGGCCAGUCGCAUUGUUGAGAUGCUGUGCUUUGUCAUGGAGCUUGAUUGAUGCUUUCUCUCGCUUUACGGGCUAACUGGAGAGCAGGGGGGUGUUACGUCUUUGAGAUAGAAUUAGGUUUGUUCAGGACUCUUUUUGUUGUCUGCAUAGUGAGAUUUUUACUGUUAAUCUGGUUUCUUAUUUGUUAUAUUAUUUGAAUGUUAUAUGUCGUUUUUCUUUCUAAAUUAAUAACUUCUUGGGAUUUAAUAUUUUGAUUUUUUUAGGGGUCUUAUAAUUGUCUUUUUUGGGAGUGUUUCAGCCUUAUGGUCCCUCUAAACAUAUUUUUUUGCCUCUUGGAUAUGGUCUUAAUAUGUUAAAUACUCACUUUAAGAGUAGGGAGAAUUACAUGUUAAUGUAAUUUAGAUCAUAAUAUAAUGCUUAAUUAUACCAGUUGAUUAUUUACCCAAGGAUUAAUAAUAGAUUUUUCUCUCAGCAGUUAGCCAAGAUAUGAAGUGACACACACAGCAUAAGCUUUUCAAAGCACUUGUUGUUGUGCCAUGCAUACUUUUGUAUUGUAAAAGUGAGUAUGCAAAAAAAUGCAGCAAUCGAAGAGAAGCUGAUACAUAUAUAUGCAGUCAUUCCAAAAAUUGUCCACCGCUCAUGUUGAAAUGGUCUGUCAUAAAUCUGACCGAGUAAAGUACUGUACACUAUAAAAAAAAAGUAAAACACUGGGAACAUUGAUUUAAAUAUAUAAGUGUCAAAAUACUCAUUAAUGUUUCAUGUAAAAUUAAUCAGACCUUUUAUUUUUUUUAAUCAGGAAGAAAUCACAUUUUCUUUGAAUUUUGAGAAUGUAGUUAUUUUUCUUUUCUAUUGCUUUACCAUCAUCUACAACAACUUGCAUAAUAGCCUUUUCAUUUUACAUUAUGUAAGGGAUGCAAAAUCUCUUUUACAUGUUGGGAAAUUAAGCUGCAAAUUAAGCAUUAAGUCAGGAGGGUGAGUAGUCUUCAGGUGAGGGGUCUGCUAUGUAAGCAUAAGCCAUUUAAAUGAAGACGGACACUGUAUAUUCAGGUUCGAAUGUACUAAUAUAAUGUAUGGGAGAAGCUUUUAAUGCCAGACUUUUUCCUUGUUCAUCAGUUUAUAUUUGUCUAAUAGAGUACCUCUUCUACUUCUACUGCCCAGAUUUUGCUAUGCAGAAAUCCUGGGGCUGGCCCUCUUUGUUUUAUGACUUCGGUGAAGUCUCUAUCAAUCAUUUAUGGUCUUCAUUGUAUCAGAUGUGUUCUCUCAUGCUCAGACAGAUCUUUAAUUUUUUUGUUACUUCCUAUCAGAAUACAGUUUUUUUCAGUUCAUCAGGCAUUUUGCACAGCCUGUGUGGCUGGUUGUUCACAUGAGCACCUAAAAAAAUAAAUAAAUAAUAAAGCCACAAAAAAACAAGAGCAGACCACAUAGUUUUUGUUACUCAUGACUCUUGACUAUUCAUCACAGCCACAGGAUGUUUUUUUUUUUUUGUCCGUUGCCGUCUCAUGCCUUCAAUUUAAAAUGCCAUAAAUGUCACAUGAAUCCACAUAUUUGUGAUCAAUCUUUUGUUGCCACCCGCCAGUUGUUUUCACCUGUCACAGGUACACAGUGGGUAGAUAGAUAAUGCGAUUUGCACUGUGCAGUUCAGUCAUAUAGCUAGCUAUAUAAUAUGAGGGGAGGAGGUGUCCUGCGUAAAGGUGAUGGAUCAACGCUGCUCUUGCAAUCAACAGUAGAAACUGUACAAUCUCUUUUGUCAAUAAAGCACAAAUUGUGUA